AUGGCCCUUCCCCUCACAUCUUGGGCCAUUGGGCGGGGGGCGGUGGAACAGCACUGGAUCUCCGGACAUCGGGCCAGCUCCCCUCGAUUCUCAGGGUCCUGGGCGUGGGUGCUCGUGCAGCUUGGAGGGUUUGCGUUUGUGUAUGAGGCUCAAGACCUGGGAAGUGGCAGAGAGUACGCCUUGAAGAGGUUAUUGUCUAACGAAGAGGAAAAGAACAGAGCCAUCAUUCAGGAAGUUUGUUUCAUGAAAAAACUUUCUGGCCACCCCAAUAUUGUCCAGUUUUGUUCUGCAGCAUCCAUAGGGAAGGAGGAGUCGGACACGGGGCAGGCCGAGUUCCUGCUGCUCACCGAGCUCUGCAAAGGGCAGCUGGUGGAAUUUUUAAAGAAAAUUGAAUCUAGAGGUCCGCUCUCGUGCGAUACUGUUCUGAAGAUAUUCUAUCAGACGUGCAGAGCCGUGCAGCACAUGCACAGACAAAAGCCGCCCAUCAUCCACAGAGACCUCAAGGUGGAGAACUUGUUGCUCAGUAACCAGGGGACCAUCAAGCUGUGUGACUUUGGCAGUGCUACGACCAUCUCGCAUUACCCGGACUACAGCUGGAGCGCCCAGAGGCGGGCCCUGGUGGAAGAAGAGAUCACCAGGAACACCACACCCAUGUAUAGGACGCCAGAGAUCGUGGACUUGUACUCGAACUUCCCCAUCGGCGAAAAGCAAGACAUUUGGGCCCUGGGCUGCAUCUUGUACCUGCUGUGCUUCAGGCAGCACCCGUUUGAAGACGGAGCAAAGCUGAGAAUAGUCAACGGGAAGUUCUCAAUCCCUCCUGGUGACACCCAGUACUCUGUGUUCCAUGACCUCAUCCGCGCUACGCUGAAGGUCAACCCUGAGGAGCGGCUGUCCAUCACAGAACUGGUCAACCAGCUCCAGGAGAUUGCAGCCGCCAGGAAUGUGAACCCCAAGUCGCCCAUCACUGAGCUCCUAGAGCAGAAUGGGGGCUAUGGGAAUGCUGUCCCGUCUCGAGGGCCUCCCCACCUCGGGGGCUCCAGCAGCGGUGGCUACAGUGGAGGCCUGGCGCUUGCCGAGUACGACCAGCCCUAUGGCGGGCUCCUGGAUAUCCUGCGGGGGGGCACCGAGCGCCUCUUCACAAACAUCAAGGACACCUCCUCCAAGGUCAUCCAGUCCGUUGCCAAUUACGCGAAGGGAGACUUGGACAUAUCUUACGUCACAUCCAGAAUCGCUGUGAUGUCAUUCCCAGCCGAAGGUGUGGAGUCGGCUAUCAAGAACAACAUAGAAGACGUCCGGUUGUUUUUGGACUCCAAGCACCCAGGACAUUAUGCGGUCUACAACCUCUCCCCAAGGACGUAUCGGCCCUCCAAGUUUCAUAACCGGGUUUCCGAGUGUGGCUGGGCGGCCCGGCGGGCCCCGAACCUUCGCAGCCUGUACAGCGUUUGCAGGAACAUGCACUCGUGGCUCAGGCAGGACCACAAGAACGUCUGUGUUGUGCACUGUGUGGACGGGAGAGCUGCCUCUGCUGUGGCCGUCUGCUCCUUCCUGUGCUUCUGCCGGCUCUUCAGCACCGCAGAGGCCGCCGUGUACAUGUUCAGCAUGAAGCGCUGCCCGCCAGGCAUCUGGCCAUCUCACAAAAGGUACAUCGAGUACGUGUGUGACAUGGUGGCCGAGGAACCCAUCACGCCCCACAGCAAGCCCAUCCUGGUGAAAGCCGUGGUCAUGACGCCCGUGCCUCUGUUCAGCAAGCAGAGAAACGGCUGUAGGCCCUUCUGCGAGGUGUAUGUGGGGGACGAGCGAGUCACCACCACGUCUCAGGAGUACGACAAGAUGCGGGAUUUUAAAAUCGAGGAUGGCAAGGCAGUCAUUCCCCUGGGCAUAACCGUGCAGGGAGACGUGCUCAUCAUAAUCUACCAUGCAAGGUCCACGCUGGGUGGAAGACUUCAGGCCAAGGUGGCAUCCAUGAAGAUGUUCCAGGUCCAGUUCCACACUGGGUUUGUGCCUCGGAACGCAGCUACCGUGAAAUUUGCAAAGUACGACCUGGACGCGUGUGACAUUCAGGAGAAGUACCCGGAUUUAUUCCAAGUGAACCUAGAGGUGGAGGUGGAGCCCAGAGACAGGCCCAGCCGGGAGGCCCCCCCCUGGGAGAGCACCAGCAUGAGGGGGCUAAACCCCAAAAUCCUGUUUUCCAGCCGAGAGGAGCAGCAAGAUAUUCUGUCUAAAUUUGGGAAGCCAGAGCUCCCCAGGCAGCCCGGCUCCACCGCUCAGUACGACGCCGAGGCGGGGUCUCCCGAUGCCGAGCCCACGGAGUCUGAUUCACCACAGAGCAGCGGCACAGACACCAGCCACUUCCUCCACACGCUGGACUGGCACGAGGAGAAAGACACAGAGACGGGCCCAGAAAGCAAUGUCGCUCAAACCAAGGAGGGGUCACCAGCCCGGCCAUGAGCGGAUCUGGCCGGGAGUGAGCUGUCCGACGAGGAGGUGGCCACGCUGUCAGCCGAGAGCAGGGACGCAGCUGAGGAGGACACCCAGCCCAGCUGGGAGGGAAGCAAGAGCAAAUUUUGGCCGAUGACGGCCACACCGGCCACGCCACGCGAGCCUGCGUCGCAGGAGGACAGCGUCGACCUCCUGGGGCUGCACUCUGGGACGGGGCCGGCACCCCCAGUGCAGGCCUGCGGGGCGGUCCCCAGCACUCACGCACAGCCUCACCUCCACCUGCUUUUUGGGUGUCCUUCUGCAGCCGACCCAUUUGAUCCUCUCCUCCUGCCAUCCGGUCCAGACACCCAGCCCUGCUCCAAGCCCGACCUCUUCGGCGAAUUUCUUAAUCCAGAACCUCCUGCUGCUCCCACCUCUUUCCCCUCCACCCACAGCGCCCCGCCCCCAGCCUGCAACACCGACUUCCUGCACCUGGGGGAUAUACCAGCAGAGCCCAGCAAGAUGACUGCCUCGGCCAGCCACCCGGAUCUGCUGGGAGGGUGGGAGGCCUGGGCCGAGGCUCCGGCCCCUGCUCCUGCUAGUGAAGGUCCUUUCUUCUCUGCUGGAGGACAGCCCGCCCCUCCCGGCCCCUCGGCCAGCCGGACCAAGUCUCAGAGCCUGGACCCAUUUGCAGACCUCGGCGACCUCAGUUCUGGCCUCCAAGGCUCGCCUGCUGGAUUUGCUCCUGGAGGUUUCGGCCCUAAAACCGCCCCCCCUCCCUCAGGCGGCAGCUCCUGGCAGCAGACCACUCUGACCCCAGAGAUGGAGUGCGGGAACCUCGCCCGGUGGGCCUCGCCCUGGGCACGGCACGGGGCCCAGACAGAAGGCCGUGGCGCGGCUGCGUCAGCCCUGCCGUGUGACCCCACCCCCAUCCGCCAUGUCCUGCUGGCUCCCUUCUCGCAGUCGGGCGUGGUCUUGGAGGUGGACAGACUGGACUCUCUCCGGGAGGAACCAGGUCCAGUUGUCCGGACCGAGCUCACUGGUGACCCCCAGGGCAGGGGUGCACAGCACCACCCCUCAGUGCAGGAGAAGGGGUCUUCUGGUCAGGAGGACGUCAGGCUGAUCCACGUUCCAUGGCACAGCGUCCACACCCACGUCCAGGUGGGGCUGACCCUAGUGGACACUGGUCCAGCCGUGGCCCCUGUGCCGCCUGCCCUGGGGAAUCGGGCCUUGGGCCACACCCUAGAGCGGGGCCCACAGGGGCCCUGCCGGGAUGGAAUUAGCCACCUGACCUUCCCACCUCCUGGACCAAAGCACAGCCAGAAGGUCAAGGCCCAGGAGGCGAGGAGGAUCCAGCUGGCCAGGGUGCCACAGCCAAACACACAUGUCCCGAAUGCCAACCUCUCGCUGAGACGCCUCUCCCCUCAUUCUGACUCCCUGGAAUGCACCCCCACUACCAGUGCCACCGCCAUUCACUCACCUCCUCUGUGCCCUGGCCCCAUCCUGGACAGCGGCCACGUCCAGUUCUGGGAACUGGGAGCUGUUCACCGGUACCCAGGUCCUCUUCUGGGCACUCACAGGGCCACACAUCCCACCAAGGGCAGCACUGCCCCCUCACCACAGGAGCAGAACUGGCAGCCCGGCCCCGGGAAGGUAACCGACGCGCCCGCGCGCAGCCCGCCCCAGGCCGCCCGCUCCCCGCCCGCUGCUCCCGGCCCCGGGCGGGCGCUGUCCGCCGGCGCGGUGCUGAAGCGGGCCCCGCCGUCCCGCCGCGCGCCCUCCCUUUCCGGCUCCUUCUCCGAGUCCCCGGCCUCCCGAGUCGCCCCUUCCCCUCCCUGGUGCCCUGGCUCUUUCUUUCCCGGCGCGCUCCCGCCUGAGGGCCGCUCAGCGGAGCCGGGCAACUCGCCCGCCCGCAAAGCCAAGGGGUGCGGCGGCGGCACUGGGAGCCCUGGGAGAGGCUCCAGCAGCAUCCCGAGUGUCCCUGUGGCUGGACCCUGA